AUGUCUUUCCUCUCGGGACUUUGCGGGUGCUUCACCCGAGAAGAGAAGCCCUCGGAAUCCCGUUCAUCCCCAGAGAUGAUGACCCAAAGAUCCAACCCUAACAACAUCCAGACAGGAAGCUUUACGCUCUCUGGAGAGGGGGAAUUCUUUCGCUCGGCAUCCCCCGGGGGCCAUGGGCACGGACCCCCGCCCUCUGACUCGGAGGAUGGGGGCUAUUCCAGCGUGGUCCCUCUCCCGCAGUACACAGCCCGUCCAACGAGCCUCCACGAGAAGACUCUAGAAUCCCAUAUGCGUGACCCAUCUAUUUCCUCUGAGUCCCAGAACUUCUACCCCCAUGAUGAAAAGAACUCCAAUCGUUACGACGAAGAUGUCACUUCCGAUAGUUCAUCGGCCAUUUCCUUUCCAAGCAGCUACGGCAAUACUUCAACCGCAACGAGGGAUACUCCACCGCCGCCGUAUUCCCCCCGUCACUCUGUAGCUUUGUGCCGCUCGCGGUCCAUGUCUAUAUCAUCCGCUAUGGCGGUCAUCAUUAAUCCGCCUCCCGCUGCCCGCAUGAACGGCUCGCGGACUGGACCUACAUACUCUGAGGAUGACCGGUCCAUACGUCGUCAUCGGCGGGCCUCUUGGGAGAGCCGGUGA